GUCUUCUUUGCCUAUAUAUUCAACAACUCACUGGCAUAGUUUUUCUCUUCUUUCUUCCGCAAAUAAAGGGGGUCAAUCUCUCUCGAUACUUAUUCUCAGUGCAAGUCGUUUCACACGGGUGUUGCGGUUGGCUUCUGUGAUGGGAAAUGACAUUGUCGUUGCUGAGAAGUUAGGGGCGAGGCCUGCUGCACAAAAAGUUGAUUUGAGCUUAGUGGGUGAAUCAGAGCAGUCUAAUGAGGAUGAAAUAUUUGAAGAGGCCAUUGGUAUAGAGUCCCCUACUAUUGUUUCGAAGAAUACAACUACAUCUGAAGGUGCAGGUGGGGAAAAUCUUGAUGAGAAGCAAAAUUUUCGAGUGGAAUUGACAAAAAAUGAAAUCAAUAGAGUGGUGGAUGAUGGUUCUGAUGAGAACAGUAUAGGUGAUCUCCGAGAGCUUGUUGAUUUGGAUGCCAACAAUAGAGAAAUCGAUAACUUAGGUGGUGGUCAAAAGAUUUUGGAUAACUCUGAUAAAAAUGAUGAUGGCAUAUUUAACAACUCAGGUGAUCUUGAAGUUUUAAAUUCUGAAGAUACAAGAAUUGUUGCAGCAGGUGGAGCUAAGAUAAACCCCUAUAACCUUGAAACUCAAAGACAUGAGUUGAUGGCAAUUCAAGAUGUCAAUACUGUAAACGGAGCUUAUACCCUUUCUAGCAACCAUGACACUUCUGAGCACAAUAUAAAUUUAGUUGGUUCUUUGAAUAAUGGUGAUGGGAAGGGUGCAGAGAAAGAUAGACUAAAUGAACAUGCCCAUGAGGUACCUUUGGAAGUAGAAGGUGCAGAUGCUGGCAGAGGAACUAGAGCUAAGUCUCGGCCAGAGUCCAAUGGGGAUCCGGGGCACAAGAAUGAGCUAGAACACCAACUGGACAAGCCUGAAAACAUUUCAAUUAACAUUUUGCUUUCUGAACUCAAAGAAGAUCAAAUUGGAGAACAGGUGGAAUUGCCAUGUAUUUCUGAUGAUAUUCUAAAAGAUGAUGACGAUGAGUUGAAAAAACUGGAUUCAGAACGUGUGAGAAUCAGCAAGGUUGAUAGUAAGGAUGCUGACCAGGAAGCAUCUGGAGAUUUGUCCCAUCCAGAUAAUCUGUUGCAUUCUGAAAUGAAAGAAAUUCAAAUUGGAGAGCUGGUGGAGAAGCCAUGUAUUUCUGGUGAUACACUCAAAGGUGAUAUGAAUAUAGACCUGAAGAAACUGGAUUCAAAAUGUGGGGAAGUUGAAAGUGUUAAGGAUGCUGACAAGGAUGACUGUAUUGUUGUGCCCUCUGCAGAUGCUUAUUUUGCUAUUGAUCAUGCUAAGGAAAGUUCUGAAUUUACUGCCAAUUCACAUGAUGGCCGGACACUGGACCAGGAAACAGAGGUCGACCCUUGCUCCAGCUCGUCUGAAAUCUUAGUGGAGAGUUCUAGGUCAUCAGAGAUACAGCUAGGAAAUUCUAAUGAUGAACUCUCCGCGACUGUAGUUAAGAGGCGAGAGCAGGAAGGAGUGAGAAUUGAUCUUAAGGAAAUACAUUUGCCUGAGACUAGGGAACAGGAAGUUAAACCUGUUUCUGGUAUCUCUUCAUCUUUGGACAAGUAUCCUGAACCCACUCCUGCUCAUCCUUUCAGCCUUGAUAAUGCUUCUGAGACGUUUGGAUCUAUUUCUCAGGAUGAAGCAAAUAGUAGAGAGCAGGAAAUUACUCCUACGGCUAGUAUCUCCUCCGCUACCACAUCUAGUCCCCACCGUGAUGGUAUAAAUCAUAUUGUGCCAUUACCAGAGCCUGUUUUGAUAAAUAAAGAAGAGGGGCCCAAGUCUCCAGCUUCUGUUACAUCGAAUAAUGUGCCCACUGCUUCAGCUGCUACUCACCCAGCUGGCCUUGGGCGCGCUCCCCUAUUGGAAUCAGCCUCUCGUGUUGUUCAGGUUCCUCGAGUAAAUGGAGCUGUACCUGCAUCACAAAAUCAAAUUGUUGAAGAUCCCACAAAUGGAGACGCUGAGGAGUAUGAUGAGACCCGUGAAAAGCUUCAGAUGAUUCGUGUGAAAUUUCUUCGUCUUGCUCAUAGGCUUGGCCAAACUCCUCAUAAUGUUGUUGUAGCUCAGGUUUUGUAUAGAUUAGGGUUGGCUGAACAACUCCAUGGGAGAAGUGGUGGACGUGUUGCUGCCUUUAGUUUUGAUCGGGCUAGUGCAUUGGCUGAGCAGCUUGAGGCAGCAGGACAAGAACCCUUGGAUUUCACUUGUACAAUCAUGGUACUUGGGAAAUCUGGUGUUGGUAAAAGUGCAACUAUAAAUUCCAUAUUUGAUGAAGUUAUGUUUGGUACUGAUGCUUUUCAGUCAGGCACCAAGAGGGUUCAGGAUAUUGUUGGUACGGUGCACGGAAUCAGAGUCCGCGUGAUUGAUACACCUGGACUUUUACCCUCUUGGUCAGACCAGCGCCAAAAUGAAAAGAUUCUUCAUUCUGUUAAAAAGUUUAUUAAGAAAACACCUCCUGACAUUAUCCUGUAUCUUGAUAGAUUGGACAUGCAGAGUAGAAAUUUUGGUGAUAUGCCGUUGUUGCAGACCAUCACAGGAAUUUUUGGACCAUCUGUUUGGUUUAAUGCCAUAGUUGUUCUGACUCAUGCUGCAUCUGCACCACCUGAAGGUCCCAAUGGGACAACAACAAGUUAUGAUAUGUUUGUGAGUCAGAGGUUGCAAGCUGUGCAGCAGGCAAUACGUCAGGCUGCUGGAGAUAUGCGGCUUAUGAAUCCUGUUUCUUUGGUAGAGAAUCACUCAGCUUGCAGGACAAACAGAGCUGGACAGAGGGUGUUGCCAAAUGGUCAGGUUUGGAAGCCUCACCUGUUGCUGUUGUCUUUUGCUUCAAAAAUUUUGGCUGAAGCAAACACUCUACUGAAGUUGCAAGAUACUCCUUCUGGGAGACCAUCAGCCCCUCGAACAAGAUCACUCCCUUUACCUUUCCUUCUUUCAUCUCUUCUCCAGCCCAGACCUGAAGUUAAACUUCCAUCAGAGCAAUUUGGUAGUGAUGAAGAUGCUUAUGAUGAUGAUCUGGAAGAAUGCUCAGACUCAGAAGAAGAAUCUGAUUAUGAUGAACUACCUCCAUUUAAAUCACUGACUAAAGCACAGCUUGAAAAGCUUACCAAGGAACAAAGGAAGGCAUACUAUAAUGAACUUGAAUACAGGGAAAAACUUUUCAUGAAAAAGCAGCUGAAAGAAGAGAGAAAACGACGGAAGAUGAUGAAGAAACUACAGGAGGAAACUAAGGCCUCAACUGCUGACUUUGGAAGCAAUGAUGAAGAAGAGACAAGUGCUGCUGCAUCUGUACCAGUUGCUAUGCCGGACUUGGUCCUGCCUGCUUCUUUCGAUUCAGAUAAUCCUGCACAUCGAUAUCGGUCUCUUGAUUCCUCCAACCCUUGGCUUGUUAGGGCUGUCCUAGAAACCAAUGGCUGGGACCAUGAUAUUGGAUAUGAUGGCAUAAAUGUUGAGAGAUUAUUUGUGGUGAAAGACAAGGUGCCAAUAUCAUUCUCUGGUCACCUUUCGAAGGACAAAAAGGAUACCAACCUUCAAAUGGAAGUUGCAAGUUCCGUGAAGCAUGGGAAUGGGAAAGAAACUUAUUUUGGCUUUGACAUGCAAUCAGUUGGAAAGGACUAUGCUUAUACACUACGAAGUGAGACUCGAUUUAGCAAAAGGAAAAUAAACAAGGCUUCUGCUGGUCUCUCAGCUACUGUAUUGGGUGAUGUUUUAACUGGUGGAAUAAAAGUAGAGGACAAAUUGACUGUUGGUAAACAGGGACAGUUAGUUAUUUCGGGAGGCGCCAUUUGUAGCCGUGGCGAGGUUGCUUAUGGUGGUAGUUUAGAAGCAACAGUAAGGGACAAAGAUCAUCCUUUUGGACGUUUUUUAUCAACAUUGGGGCUCUCUGUCAUGGAUUGGCAUGGAGAUCUUGCUCUUGGGUGCAAUGCUCAGACCCAGAUACCCAUUGGAAGGCAUUCAAAUUUGAUUGGUCGAUUAAAUAUUAAUAACAGGGGUUCUGGGCAACUUAGCCUUCGGAUCAACAGUUCAGAGCAACUUCAGAUAGUUUUGGUUGGCUUAAUUCCACUGGUGAAAAAAGUACUUAGCUGUUCUGAACAGGUGCAACAAUGGUGACAAAGGAGGGUUGUGUAAUAUCACAACUCUUGGAUAUACAGAUUAUUCCGCGAUGGACAUCCCGUGCUUGGUCAAGAAGCAAAUUUAGGUGGUUGCGAAGAAGAUUGAAGGUUUGUUAUUUUGAGCGGGCAUGCAUCUUCUGUUGGAUUCAAAGUCUGAUGUAAAAAGUGGUGGGAUGAGAUGAGACGACAGGUUGUUUUCCUUUGAGGAAAGUCUACUCUGUAGUAGUUGUUAUCUUGAGAUUUCUUCAUAUCCAGAAUUUUGUAAAAUGUUUAUUGCAUGCAUGGCUGCUAUCAUAUUUCUAUCUCCGUGGAUAGGAAUGUAGUCAUUUACUUUUUUGCACGAAAUUGAAGGGAUGAUAAUAUAUUAUGUGUGAGAAUAGUUGUGUUGAGUGGAAAGACAAAUGCUCUUGUGACUUAUGCUUCGUUUUGUAAAAUUUUAUCGAGGAGUAUUAUUAUAAAUAAGUUGAAUUGUAAGGGUAUUACUCUAUAAGAGAAAGAAAAAUAGAUAUAUUUGUGGUGAA